AUGACGGACCAGACAAUCGUUGCAGCCGCCCUUCUGGGCGUUCUUGAAGGGCUGACCGAAUUCAUACCGGUCUCGUCCACCGGACAUCUGCUGCUUGCGGGACACUUUCUGGGCUUUGAAUCCACCGGCAAGACGUUCGAGGUGCUGAUCCAGCUGGGCGCGAUCGGCGCGAUCGUCAGCGUCUAUGCGGCGCGGCUGUGGCAAAUGGCCACGCGCCUGCCAUCGGACCCGCAAACACAAAGGUUUGUUCUGGGCAUCCUUCUGGCAUUCCUGCCGGCGGUCGUGGUCGGCGUGCUGGCGCACGGCUUCAUCAAGACCGUCCUGUUUGAAUCGCCGAUGACGAUCUGCAUCGUGCUCAUCGUCGGCGGCUUCAUCCUGCUGUGGAUCGACCGGCUGCCGCUGAAACCCAGAUAUACCGAUGUGAUGGACUAUCCGCCAUCGCUUUGCCUGAAGAUCGGCCUGUUCCAGGUGCUGGCGAUGGUACCGGGCACUUCGCGCUCAGGCGCGACGAUCGUCGGCGCAUUGCUGAUGGGCACCGACAAGCGCUCGGCGGCGGAGUUUUCCUUCUUCCUCGCCAUGCCAACCAUGGCGGGCGCGUUCGCCUAUGACCUGUUCCAGAACCGCGCGCUUUUGACGAUGGACGAUGCGGUGAUCAUCGCCACCGGUUUCAUCACCUCGUUCAUCGUCGCCGUCAUCGUCGUGCGAAUGCUGCUGGACUAUGUCUCGCGCUACGGCUUCGGCCUGUUUGCCUGGUGGCGGAUCAUCGUCGGUUCGGCGGGGCUGGUGGGCCUGUGGCUGCUGGGCUGA